CUGAAAGAAAAUCCACAAAGGAAAGAAGACUCUCCACAAGCAGCAGCAGCAAAGGCAGCAGUCAAGUGAAGUGAAAGAAAAAAGCCUUCUGUGAUCUGUGGUGGAAAAAAUCGGAUUUUCGGUGUUUUCUUUGGUUCGCGCAGCACCCGGGACUGUCCACCGGCACUCGAACGACCAUGAGCGACUUCCUGAAAUCGGCCCUCGGCUACUUCAACGCGGGUCCUGUGGUCGGUGGGAACGGCGGAGGCGGCCAGGACAACGAGUUCGUCGGCCAAAUCGUCGAAGUUGGCACCGUCAAGCUGCGAAUUAAACGUGUUAUCGCCGAAGGCGGCUUCGCGUUCGUCUUUGUCGCCCAGGACACCGCCAGCGGGAACGAGUACGCGCUGAAGCGGCUGCUCGGUGCCGACAAGGAAGAGUGCAACAACAUAAUCCGCGAGAUCAACACGCUCAAGCAGGUCUCGGGCCAUCCGAACAUUAUUCGCUUUGUGGCGGCUUCGUUCAUUGACCGCACGCAGAAUGCUGGGGCGGCCAAGCGGGCGGAAUAUUUGCUCGUGACGGAACUGUGCAAGGGCGGAUCGCUGUACGACUGUUUGGAGAAGGAGCUGGCGCCGGAUACGGUGCUGCGUGUGUUUUACCAGGCUUGUAAGGCGGUUGCGCACUUGCACCAACAGACGGUGCCGAUCAACCAUCGGGACAUUAAGGUGGAGAAUUUUCUGCUGGGCGGUGAUGGGCUGUUGAAGUUGUGUGACUUUGGGUCGGCCUCGACGGACACUUAUGCGCCGGAUGUGAGCUGGAAUGCGCACCAGCGGGACAUGCUGGAGGAUCAUUUGGGGCGGUGUACGACACCGAUGUAUCGAUCGCCGGAGCAGUUGGACACGUGGGCAAAUUACCCGAUUGGGGUGAAGACAGACAUUUGGGCGUUGGGUUGUAUUUUGUUCUGCUUGUGCUACCGGAAGCACCCGUUUGAGGAUUCGGCCAAGCUGCGGAUCAUCAACGCAAAUUAUACCAUUCCGAAUGACUCGCGGUACGCGUGCUUCAACGACAUCAUCCGCGGAUGCUUCCAGGUUGAUCCGGUGAAGCGAUUUGACAUUUCGAUGGUGUUGGACCGUUUGGCCGCGAUCGCGGAAACGAAGGGCUGGCCGUUGAAAGCGCCGCUUGCGUUGAGCGGUAAGCCGUUGAAUACUCCGCCGAGCGGACCGACGCCCGUUCCGAGUCCGAUGCACCACCAACCGGAUGUGGUGCCGGCAAAUCACGUUCCACCGGCGCGACCUGCGCCGCCAAGACCGGCACCAAUGGCAGGAAGUGCCGGGCCGCCACCGCAGGAGCGAAGAAAUCCUCAAAGACCACCGGAUCCGGUAAGGCCGCCACCGCCGGUUGUGGGAUCGGCUCCUGUUCAUCAUUAUCCUCAGCCCCAACCGGCGGUGGCUCCGGGAAUGGUAGGAGCUGGUGGCGGAUUGUUUUCAUCGAUUAAGGGUGGCGCUGGAAGUUUCUUGAAGAACUUGAAGGACACUUCGUCGAAGGUCAUGCAAACGGUUCAGCAGAGCAUCGCUCGAACCGACCUGGACAUUAGCUGCAUUACGCAGCGUAUCCUGGUCAUGCCGUGUCCUUCGGAGGGGUUGGAAUCGACCUACCGGACGAACCACAUCGAAGAUGUGAAGAUCUAUCUGGAGAGUCGCUAUCUGCCGACGAAGAUCAGCAUCUACAACUUGGGUCCUCGUAGCUGUCCGCGGAUACCGCCUCCGGUGCGCACGGUUGAGGGCAACUUUAUAUAUUCGCCGGUUCCACCCUCGUACAAGGCACCGACCCUGGCCGGAUUGUACGCUCUGGCUGAAGAUAUGUACGGCUUCUUGAAUGCCGAUCCAAAAACCGUAAUUGUCAUCCAGAGUCCUGACGGCGGGAAGGCCCUCGCGGCAACCAUGGUUUGCGCCCUGCUAGUGUACAGUGGACUGUGCGCUGAGCCGGAGGACGCCAUGCAGAUCUUCGCCGUGAAGCGAACUCCGCCCAACAUGCGAGCUUCGGAGUUGCGCUAUCUGUACUAUCUGGGAGAUGUUGUUCGGUCGGUGCCCCACUUGCCGCACUACAACCCGGUUACGCUGGUUUCCGUCACGCUGAAUCCGGUGCCGCGGAUGACCAAGGCCCGUGAUGGGUGUCGCAUCUACAUUGAGGUGGCUUCCGGCGAUCGGAUUUUGUUCAGCACACUGCAAGAGUACGAACGGAUGCGGUUGUAUGGAGCUCACGAGGGGAAAAUUACGCUUGCGCUCAAUGUGACGGUUUGUGGAGACGUUACGGUUACGCUGUACCACGCUCGAAACGCCCUCGGGGGAAUGGGCCGUCCCCAGGGAUUGAAAAUUUGUCAAUUCCAGCUCAAUACUGGUUACAUUCCGGAGGAGGAAACACUAAUCAACUUCAGCAAGACCGAGCUGGACGACGUCCCGGACGUGGAACACGUACCGCACGGCUUCAACGUAGCCCUGUCCGUGUUUGUGGGCGAUUCGGAGCGACCUCCAGCUUCGCAACCUCCGUGGAUUCCGGCCAAACCGGUUCGCGAUCCGAAAGUGCUGUUUGCUUCCCAGCUUGAGUACGAAGAAAACGUCGACAACUUCAUCUCGAAGCCCUCCGGCGGCAGCAACAAACCUGCUCCUCACCGUCCUCCUCCGGCAAGGCCACCAGCUCCUCCCUCGCCUCAGCCAGCUCGGGCAACACCACCGAUCAAGAUCCAGGACGUUCCGGCCGCCGGCAGUAUUCCAACUGAUGUCGACUUACUUAACAUUAGCGCUAGUCAGCAGAAGAAGGUCGAGGAAGCCCCCCCUCCUGCGGAACAAACCACCUUCGACCUACUGGGUGGCUUCGCCGCACCGGUUAUCGACGCAGCCCCGGCCACAGGCAGCGAUCAACCAACAGCCGGAAUCGACGACAUCUUCGGAAACUUCGAGAGCGCCCCCGGCUGUGGCCCAGCUCCCCUUCAAUCGUCUAAAUCGGGCAGUGAACUAAACGGACUCAACUUAAACUUUGACAACUUUGGCGGAGUUGCUCAACCGGCUGCGGCCAGCGGCCCAAACGGCACCAACAACCAGUUCAACAACAGCUUCGGGUUCGACCCGUUUGCCGGCAUCAGCGCCAGCGCAUUCCACAGCAGUCACCAACCGCAACAACCGCAGCCUCAGCCGCAACAGCCGCAACAGCCAGCCUCAAAGGAUCCCUUCGCGGACAUUGGUAACCUGGCCGCCGGAUUGGGCGCCACCGGCCCCGGAGGCUGGGGUAAACCCCCUCCGACCACCACUCCAAGUCCGCGCUCGACCCAGUUCUCUAGUCCGACGCACCAGUUUAGCGGCGCCAGCACGGCCAAUCCUUCGCCGAGGGCACCCUCGACGCCGAGCCACCAGCAGCAGCAGAUGCGAAGUCCCAACUCGGAUCCGCAGCGAGCCGCCGACUACAGCCGGUCACACUUUGACCAGUCAAAGCCGGCCGCGAACGGAAACGGAGGCGCGAAUGGUGGUGGUGCCAAGGAGAAACCCGGUGACAUCUUCGGGGACAUUCUGGGCUCGCAGGGCUACUCGUUUGGAAAUAUGCGGAAUCAGGGUCCGCGCACGAUCAACGACAUGCGGAAGGAGGAGCAAAUCAAGGAGAUGGACCCCGAGCGGUUGAAGCUGAUGGAGUGGACCGAGGGCAAGAAGGCAAACAUCCGGGCACUGCUCUGUACCGUGCACACGAUACUGUGGCCCGGCGCCAAGUGGACAAAGUGCGAGAUGCACCAGCUGGUCAGUGCGGCGGACGUGAAGAAGGCCUACCGGAAAGCGUGCCUGGCGGUGCACCCGGAUAAGCACACCGGCACCGAUAACGAGAGCAUGGCGAAGCUAAUCUUCAUGGAGCUAAACAACGCCUGGAGCGAGUUCGAAAAUGACGCAACGCAGCAGAAUCUGUUCGCCAACUAAACAGAGCACGGAGGUUACAAUUAAUCAUUAGUGCAUCGUGUUGAUCAUAGAAGCAUCACCUUUAAACUUAGUUUACCGGACACAUACACGCUCACACCCAAGCCACGAAGGGGCUUUCGAGUAUUUUUUUGGGUUUUUCAUUUUUUGAUGUUUUUUUUUUUUACUCCAAGCAAAUGAAUAAAUGUUGUGACACUAUUUUACACCAAUUAAUUUUUCGGCAACAUUCAAGUUUUAUUUUUUGAAAAUGUUCUAUUCUUUCACAGCACUUAAUUUUUCAAAGUUUUAAUCUAUGCUUCUCAAUUAUUCACAAGCUACCGAAGCACAUCUCUAUCUAUAUCUAUAUAUUCAAAAUAUUCUGAAUGCUGAAAAUGUUGAGAUUAUGCUACCUAAUUAUGCAAAAAGAAAACAACAACAAAAAAAGUAAUACAGUGGACUUCCUCGUUGUCGAUAUUGAAGGGACCGUCGAGGUAUCAAAUUAUAGAACGAAAAAUCAUAGCAUGCUACUUGAAGGGACUGAAACAAUUAUUGACAGCUGGAGCAAUAUUGAUAUCGACCAAAUCGACAGCUAGCGAGUCAACUGUAAAACCCACAAAAAAGAAACAUAUAUCUACUCUCAAUGUUAUUGUUUAGAAUAUCGAGUAAGAAAUCAAACCAACCUAUAUAAAUAUCUACAAAACAAAAAUAUUUCCGCAAUUAGCUGUGUAAAAAAAAACAAUUCCCCACAAAACAAAAGCAAACCCCCGUUGUUAAAUGUGAAUGUAUUAAAAUAAAUUACGAUGCAAACAAAAAAUAAAUGUAGCAGCAAAGCAAAUCAAAUUAAAAUCCAACUUAGCAACAGCAACAGUAAAGUAACAUUGUUUUCAAGUGAAGUAAUAACACAAACACGCACUGUGAUUGUUAGCAAGAUCGGGAUGCUUGUGUUGAGAGUUAGAGGAUCGUCUGCUCAAUCGUCGUUUCGUUUGUUUGUUUUGUCAACCAACGAAUUUUGUUUCCAGAACUGAACUACUUUUUUUUAUUUUUAAAUCAAUUGGUCGUCGAAGCUGCGUUUGCUUUUUUUUCUGUAAAUAUACAACUCCAACAAACAAGUAAAACUUAAGUUGUAAUUUUUAGUGUCGAUAGUAUAAUGCAAUAAUUAUCUGUGAAUUUAGUUUGAUCGAUUCCAGUGAAACAGGACGGUGGCGAAUAACAAACAAGAAAGCAGAAGAAAGCAGUCGCUGGUUUCCUUUACCGAUUUUGAUUUCAUGACUGUGUUGAUAUUUUUAAGCUUCCCCUUUAUCAUUGGCUUACGAAAAAGGUAGGAUCCACAAUGUGAUGAUGUGAACGUUGAAUGCUGAUUAGGGUUCGAUAAGUUUGGAAUUAUUUGAACGAUGUGAAUUUAAUUCGAAUGAAGAUACGUUAAUUCAUAGAAACUCUAUUUAUGAAGGGAUAUAGUUAAUAUAUUAUAAUUAUUAUUAUUAAAGAAACUGAUAAUAUUCCAAUUGAGCAAAUAGAAAA